UCAUCAACCCACUUCUUAUUUCUCUCUCCUUUUUUCUCUCUUAACUCUACUUUUUGUUAGCUUAUUCAAUACACUUUUUGCUUCCAGCUAUAAAUGCUUCACCUGUUUAUUACAUUUUUGCUUUCCCUUUACUGUUUCUCUCUCUCUCUCUCUCUCUUCUCUCUGGUUUCCUCCAUUACAAACCAGGUUUCCUUUCCAGCUAGUUAGGUCCCGCUCUCAUCCUGAAGCACAGUGCCCACCAACCGUUUUCCCCACCACCAUUGCUUUUUCCUACACCAAAAUCUAGUCAUUUUCACUCUUUCUCUCUUUCUCCUUGCAUUUUCUUUUUCUUCAUAAAAAUUAUACUUUUGUCUGGCAUUCCAAUCAAUUUUUUAUUUUCUGUUAUCUUGGUCUUGCCUUGGGUUUACUUGUGACCCACUUGAGGUCACAAUCCACUAUAGCUAACUGCAUAUCAGACUCUGCAUCUUUUUGCAGCAUCUGGGUUUUGCAGGGCUUGUUGUGUUUUUUUCUGGUAUUGUUCUGCCAUUGCUGCGCCUAUCUAUGCUCAUUAGGUCUGUUUGGGUUCAGAGAGAAGGCCCUUUGUUGCCCCUGUGGGUGCUCGAGAUAGAGGAUCAAGGAGGGUGAUAUAGAUCAACACAAAGGUGGGAAUGUCUUGAUUGUACUCUGAAAAGUUUGGUGGACAUAUUUGAUUGACGACUUGUGGGAUCCAACUAUGUCAGCAAACAAUUCUUUGCAUGUGGAAUUAUCGAAGAAGACUUCGUUUCUGGGAUUGAAAUUAUGGGUUUUGAUUGGGAUUGGUGUUGGCGCUUUUAUAGUUCUGAUUCUUUGUGCAUUAUCCGUAUGGGUGAUGUUCCGGAGAAAGUCUAGGAGAUCUCUGGACAAGUUCUCUUUGUCACAAAUACCGCGUGUCUCAAAAGACAUCAGUGUUGACAAGGUUGGGGUGCAGAAUUCUUAUGAUCAAGCAGAAAAUGUAGCAAUUCCUGUUCAUGACAAAGCAAGUGAGAACAAUUCUGACAAGUUCUUAGUUCAUUUGCGCAAAAGCAAAUCCAGCGAUGCUGAUAAUAUCAGUCAGUGCAGCUCAGUUUAUCAUCAUGAGAGGGGAUUUAGUUCAAUGUCAGGGGAAGAAGGAAGCUCUGGCACUGUUAAGAAGCAAUCUGCAUUGGCAUUUGGAGGUGUGGUAACUGCCUCUCCUCUAGUUGGCUUACCAGAAAUUUCUCAUCUUGGGUGGGGUCACUGGUUCACUCUAAGAGAUCUGGAACUUGCAACUAAUCGAUUCUCUCCGGAGAAUGUGAUUGGUGAGGGUGGAUAUGGGGUUGUAUACAGGGGAAGAUUGAUCAAUGGAUCCGAGGUGGCGGUUAAGAAAAUUCUUAACAACUUGGGACAAGCAGAGAAAGAGUUCAGGGUGGAAGUGGAAGCUAUUGGCCAUGUCAGACAUAAAAAUCUUGUGCGCUUACUUGGUUAUUGCGUAGAAGGAGUUCACAGGUUACUGGUGUAUGAAUAUGUGAACAAUGGUAACUUAGAACAAUGGCUACAUGGGGCUAUGAGCCAACAAGGAAUACUUACCUGGGAAGCUCGGAUGAAAGUUAUAACUGGCACAGCCAAAGCACUGGCUUAUUUACAUGAAGCAAUAGAACCGAAAGUCGUUCACCGGGAUAUCAAGUCUAGCAACAUAUUGAUCGAUACCGAGUUCAAUGCAAAAGUUUCUGACUUUGGUUUGGCCAAACUUUUGGACUCAGGAGAAAGUCACAUUACUACUAGAGUAAUGGGAACAUUUGGCUAUGUGGCACCAGAAUAUGCCAAUACGGGUUUGUUAAAUGAGAGGAGUGACAUUUACAGCUUUGGUGUUCUCCUGCUAGAAGCAGUUACUGGAAGGGAUCCUGUGGACUACUCACGUCCUGCUAAUGAGGUGAAUCUUGUUGAAUGGCUCAAGAUGAUGGUGGGGACAAGAAGGGCUGAGGAAGUUGUGGAUUCAAGGCUUGAAGUGAAACCAUCAACACGCGCUUUAAAGCGUUCUCUUCUGGUUGCACUUAAGUGUGUUGAUCCUGAAGCAGAAAAGAGGCCUAAAAUGAGUCAGGUUGUGAGAAUGCUUGAAGCCGAUGAAUAUCCAUUCCGAGAGGAUCGAAGAAAUAGAAAGAGCCGCACAAUCAGCAUGGAAAUUGAGUCUCUGAAGGAUAUUUCUGGUCCAUCUGGUGCUGAAAAGGUGAAGGGUUCUGAAAGCCAUGCACCAGAAACAACUCAAGGGUAGGAUUGACAGCCACACUUGACUUAACCAGCAUGUACAAUCGGCAUUGUUUUGAUUUCUGUAACCAAUCAAAUACCAUAUAUGUUCAAAGCUUGUCUUGAGAUUUUUCUUUUGCCGCAAAUCCGAGCAGAAAAUGAGUUCUGAGAAGAGAAUCAAGUCGGAGAUAGCUCAUUUGAACAAUGAAGCAUUUUCUUGUUCAAGAUGGUUAUUGAAGAAUAUAUGAUACACAAAUUUUUUAGGAGGAUGAAGUCAGGGUGAGUGAACCAGUUCAUGUUGUACAUGUACAGAUGUCAUCUGAACCACUCUCUCUUCCUUACAUGACUGCUAAUUUGCAGCCAUUUUUGUCUGCUUGAGAGUUCAGAUGAUGAAAACUGACUUGGCUUCACUGUAGUUGCCAUUUUGCUUUAAGUUAAUCAUUAUGUAUAAACUCCAAAAAGCAUUAUAUGAAGUGAUAAUAUCUCUUUCUUUUGAAGUAGUCA